AUGGACCUCGGUGAUAGGAAUGUAAAGAAGAACCCCUCUUCAUUAAAAUCAGUUAAAAAAGGUUCUUUUGCUUCUGGGGGAGAAAGUUUUAAAUUAGAGAGAAUUAUCGGAAGUACUGUCCUCAAUUCGCAAUCUUUUAAAUUGCAUCCGUCAUUGUUUCCUACAAGUGGAGCUCUGCCAUUAAUGAUCGGAGGUAAUAGCAGCAUGAAUUCGGAAGUGGUUGCAUACUUGGCAGGCACUAUUGUUGUAGUUUAUAAUGUUAAGAGGAAUAAGCAACUUAGGUUUUUAGAACAUCCAACAUCAAACAAGGCUUUCAAUUGUAUUGCAUUUUCGAAAUGUGGUCAAUAUUUAGCAGCAGGUGAAAAAGGACCAAAACCAUCAAUUGUUGUUUGGGACCUACAUCAAGUGUUUGCUCAAACAUUUGAAGAAACAAAACCAAAAAUUUUCAGUGAACUAAAGAGCAAAGAAAAAGGUCAUCAAAAUGAAGUCAAGAAUAUUUGCUUCUCAAAAGAUUCCAAAUUAGUUUUAAGUGUUGGCUUUGAAAAUGAAUUGAAAAUUUGGGAUAUCUCAGCUGGAGGAAAGGCCGAAUUGAAAUUUUCAAAAACUGUUGAUGAAACAAAUGAUUUAAUUCUCUCACCUAGUGACGAUAAUGGAUUUAUUACUGUAGGAAAAGGAUUUGUUAGAUUUUGGUCAAUUUCUAGAUCAGCAAAACUUUUCUCUGUUCAAUCAGUCUCGACAAACCUUGAUGUUUGGAAGCAAGCUAACUUUGUUUCUAUUGCCUUCAGAGGAAAAAAUGACACUGCUGAGGUUUAUGCUGUCACAAUGGAUGGUAUUUUAUGUAAAGUAGAUCCAAAAUCAAAGGAACUUCAAAGUUGGGUCAAUAUCAAAGUUGGGAGAGCAUACUGCGUUUCAGUUGCAGAAAAAUAUGUUGCCAUUUCAUGUGCUAAGGGUGUUGUAAGAUUGUUCGAGACAAAAACUUUACAAUUCAAGAAAACUCUUCCUGAACCUCCUCCAUCUACAGCUCACAUUACAUUGAGGAGCGUAUUUUCGAGCGUUAAUAAGAGUUACAUCAAACCAACUUCUUCUGAAAUAGAUGCCCCUAAUGCUAUUGUUUGUGGAAUAUUCGGAGAUAAGAUUUCUGUAAUGUAUGAUGAUAGAAGCUUCUUCGUUUGGGACAUUUCAAAUCUUCAAUCUAUCUGCAAAUACAGAUCAUUCAUUAGCCAUUCUGGUUGCAUCUGGGGAGCAGAUGUUCUUCCAAGAAAUUCAAAAUCCCCUUUCCCUCAAAACACUUUUGCAACAUGCUCUGCAGAUAAUACUAUUAGAUUUUGGAAUUUAGAAACUGGUGAGCAAGAGGAAAAUAUCAGAUCUUCUGUUGCUGGCAAGAGUGCAUUCUGUAAAGAUCUUCUUGCCGUUCUUCAUAUUCCACCAAAUGACAAGACUGUUGAAGGAGGUAUUAGAAGUGUUAGAUUCUCUCCAGAUGGUUGCAAUAUCAUUUCAGGAGACAAACAAGGACAUGUCAGAGUGCAUGACGUAUUCAACUUUGAUUCCAAGUAUGACGAAUUUGCUCAUGAGUCUGAAGUUCUUUGCAUUGAUUCCUAUCAAACACAAAAUGGGGACGUUUUGUUUGGUUCUGGAAGUAGAGAUAGAAUGAUUCACUUAUACAGAAUGAAAGAUGGAAAAACUGAAGUUGUUCAAACAUUGGAUGAUCACAGCUCCUCUGUGACGUCAAUUAAAUUCACUCUCAGCACUCAAAAACCAACUGGUGAUUCCCUUAAACUUGUGAGUGUGGGAGCUGAUAAGUCGGUAGUUUUCAGAAGAGUUGAAGAUGUCCCUCAAAAGAAAUCCGUUAGAGUUGUCAGAUACCAACAAACACCCUCUCCAUUCUCUGUUUUCGAUCUUGACGCUGAUGUUACUGGUAAAUGGGCUGUUACUGCUGGUCAAGGAAAGAAGAUUAAUAUUUAUGACAUUGACUCUGGUAAAUGUAAACAAUAUAUUGACACAAAAGAUCCAAAGCCAGUUAAGACUGGUUGUGAUAAUGCUGAUCCACUCAGAGUUAAGCUUUGUCCUGCAGGUAUUUUAGCUGUUACAAGUGCUUCAGAUAAGCAUUUGAGAGUUUACUCAUUCUACAAAAAGGUGUCUAUUGCAAGAGUUAAAGGUCACUCUGACGUUAUUACUUCAAUUAACUUUACUCCUGAUUUGAAGAGGUUAAUUACCACUUCAGCUGAUGGCUGCAUAUUUAUCUGGAGUAUUGGAACCAAAUUGUCUAAGAACAUGCAAGAAAGGCUUUCAGAAAUUGAAAAGAUUGUUUCGACCCCAGUCCCUCCAAUUCCACUUCCAAAGGAAACUAUUGUGCCUAUUCAAUUGUCAAAACUGGAGGAAGAAAUUAAAUCACCAAUGAUAGACUUUAACUUACCUUCUCCACCUUCUUCAAGAGGAUUGGCUUCCUCUGAUUUAGUUAAAUCACUCAGCAAACAAUUUGAUCUUGGAAAUAAGGAUGAACAACCAUCACAAACUGAAGAGAGCUCACCAAGUUUAUCACAUUGGACCAAGAACUCCUUGUCUCCAAAGGUCUAUGAAGACGAUAAGUUGCAACCAUUAUCAAAAUGGGGACAAGUGGAGAGAGAUGGAUUCAAGUUGGCAUCAAAUAUUAGUGAUACGGAACGAUCUCUCACCUACAAAAGACCAGUUCUUCCAAUUAUUAUUCACCACGAUGACGAUCUUGUCAACUCUGAGGAACAUAUACUGGAGGAGUCUGAUACUGAAAGUUUGGAUCUAAGUGAUGAUGAUGUAUCGGAAGAAGAAAUUAUCUUUGAUUCAAAUGAAAAUUCAGCAGAUACCAGCUUCCAGGUUGCAGAAAAUGAACAUGUUGCAGAAAUUUCAAUUGAAAAGGCUCCAUUGGAAGAAGUCAAUGAUGUAAAUAUUAUAUCUCAAUCUGACAAUGUUUCUGAGUCUAUCGAACUUGGAGAUUUAGAAGCAGCAAGCGAUGAUGAAGAUAGUGAAGAUGAUGAAGGAGAGUACUCAAAGAUGGUAUCUAAGCAAUUGGAAGAAGAUCUUCUAGUAUCAGCUCUUCGUUCAAACACUCAAUGGAGUUGGCUAAAGUUGAGCAAUCUGCAGAGAGAUUUACUUUAG